AACUCCAGCCGAACGUAGACGAUUUUGGCCGAGCAUGGUCGAAUGUAACCGAAACAUAUGAUUGGUGGAAAGCCGACGCGACGGCAAAAGACAUGUCGCACCGCUCGAGGAAGAGACAACGCCGACAGAGAUGUUGAAGUUUAUCAGAGGGAAGGGCCAACAACCUACGGCCGAGCGACAGAAACUACAAAAGGAUCUUUUUGCCUUUCGAAAGACGGUGCAACAUGGAUUCCCAAAUAAGCCCACAGCCCUCGCAUGGGAUCCGAGUUUGCGGUUGAUGAUCAUUGGCACGGCAUCCGGCGCCAUUAAGGUAUUCGGUAGGCCAGGUGUGGAAUUCUAUGGACAACAUACCAUCGAAAGUGGAGAGAAUGCUGUCACGAAGAUCGUCGCUCUGCCCAACGAGGGACGCGUCGUUUCUCUCUGUGACGACAACUCUCUUCAUUUGUGGGAGAUUAACGAAAGUUCAGUCGUGGAAACCAAAUCGCUUUCGUUGGAAGGUAAAUUGAAGAAAAUCUCGGCGAUGUGUCUUGAGUCGAGCGGCGAACAUUUACUUCUGGGAACGGAAGGCGGAAACAUUUAUCUUUUGAACCUGAAAACAUUUGUGGUGCCUGACAACAUCAUUUACCAGGAUGUCGUAAUGCAAAACGUCCCAGAUGAUUAUAAGAAGAAUCCAGGAGCAGUCGAGGCGAUAGCGGAACAACCAGGUCAUCCAGACAAUAUUCUGAUAGGUUACAAUCGUGGCUUAAUGGUUUUGUGGAACAAAGCGACUCCUGGAGCCCAACAGCUGAUGGGUUUGUUUUCGCGUACGCAGACAUUCGUCUCCACGCAACAACUGGAAUCUGUCCAUUGGGUCUCCGAGACCCGUUUUGUUUCCUCCCACAACGAUGGAUCCUAUGCAUUUUGGAGUGAUAGCAGCGAUAGCAUGCUGGAGUCGACCACAUUGUAUGGACCGUUUCCGUGUAAAGCUAUCACUAAAAUUCUCGUCUAUCCAACCGCAGAGCUUAAAGAACUGGUCUUAUUUUCGGGUGGAAUGCAACGCGCGAGUUACGGCGAUCGUCAUACAAUUACUGUUAUGGUUAAAGGAAAACAUGUCGUUUUUGAUUUCACAUCAAAGGUGAUUGAUUUCUUCACUGUAUUUUCUAAGGAAGAGGAUGGAAAAGAUAUUCCUGCUAGUCCGGAAGCGCUCAUAGUAUUGGCUGAAGAAGAGAUAGUGGCCAUUGAUUUGACUAAUUCUGAAUGGAAAAUGAUGGCAUUACCUUAUUUAGUAUCUCUCCAUGCAAGUGCGGUCACUUGUUCACAACAUGUCCCAAAUGUUCCUGAAGAAUUGUGGGACAGUAUAAUCGCAGCUGGAAAAGCACAAACGGAACAUCUAUAUUCGGAUAAAUCAUGGCCUAUAGACGGUGGAAUUAUUCUUAAUCAAAAAUCGGGAAACGAUAAACCAAAAACCAGAGAAUUGUUACUUACCGGUCACGAAGAUGGCACCGUGAGAUUCUGGAAUGCGUCUGAUGUUGCUUUAACACCUCUUUAUAAAUAUAACACGUCCAUUCUGUUUACCGGUGAACAUCUAGAUGUUCUUGAACAACCACCAGAGGAUGAUGAGGAUGAGUGGCCACCAUUUAGAAAAGUUGGAACCUUUGAUCCAUAUUCCGACGAUCCAAGACUUGCGGUGAAAAAAGUUUUACUUUGUCCUCUGUCGUCGACGUUAGUGGUUGCUGGUACAGCUGGUCACAUAAUUACAGCUACCAUAUCAUCUGAACCUGUGAACAAAGAGAUCAAAGCUAUCACGAUGAAUAUUGUGAACGAUCGUGAUGGAUUUGUUUGGAAAGGUCAUGAUCAUCUUCCUGCGAGAACAACUAGUAUAUCUUUCGCAGUUGGUUUUCAACCGCAAAGUCUUCUUCAAUUAUAUCCACCAGCUGCGGUUACAGCAUUGGCUAUACACAGUGAAUGGGGAUUACUUGCAGCAGGCACAGCUCAUGGUUUAGCUGUUUUUGAUUAUACAAGAGGAAAGGCUGUUAAUGUAAAAUGUACACUUAAUCCAAAUGAUCUUUCUGGAGCCAGUGAUACACCGAUUUCUAGAAGAAAAUCAUUCAAGAAAUCAUUGAGAGAAUCUUUCAGAAGAUUAAGGAAAGGAAGAUCACAGCGACGAACAAAUGCUAAUAGUCCAACCAGAAAUACGACAUCGGAGAAAAAGAAAGAAACGCCUAGUGUUGCUUCUUCGCCAAGUGGCGAUCUUUCACCGGUAGAAUUGAAACCUGUGGAAAGACAAGUAGAAGCAAGACCUGUAGAUGAUGCGUUGGGAUCAAUGGUUCGAUGUUUAUAUUUUGCUAGAAGUUAUAUUAUAAGCAUGCAAAACACAACGCCUACGCUUUGGGCAGGUACCAAUAACGGUACAGUUUAUGUGUUCACAUUAGCAAUUCCUGCAGGCGUUAGAAGAACAGAAGAAGAUGUAAAUUGUACAUUAGGAAAAGAGAUUCAAUUAAAACAUAGAGCACCUGUAAUUGCAAUCACAAUUCUCGAUGGAUCUAGCGUACCGUUACCGGAACCAUUCGAAGCAGAAAAAGGCGUGAGUCCUGGACCAGAUAUGGCAUCACCACACAGAGUUGUAAUUGCUAGCGAAGAACAAUUCAAAAUCUUCAAUCUUCCAUCCUUGAAACCAUAUUGUAAAUACAAACUUACUGCACAUGAAGGUUCACGAGUAAGAAAAACAGGUUUUGCAAAAUUCACAUGCCCAAUGGAACCUGCGGGAACACAUGAAGAAACUUGUUUGUUAUGUUUGACCAAUCUUGGAGAUUGUUUAGUGCUCAGUAUUCCAGAAUUGAGAAGACAGCUUAACGCUGCUGCUAUUAAGAAAGAAGACAUCAACGGAAUUUCUUCGUUAACAUUCACAAAAGCUGGCGAAGCAUUAUAUCUAUAUUCAAGCUCGGAACUGCAACGAAUUUCAUUGUCGGCUAAUAAAGUGACAAAAGCAAACUGUGCAUUAAAUUUACCACCAAAUGCUAGAUCAUUUCCUGAAACUAACAACGAAGAUACUCAAGAAGAAGUAAUAAUCGAAGGUACACCUGAAACGGAAGGUGAAACAACCCAGGGAAGUCAACCGGUUACAAUGCAAAGGAUUACAGAGAAUGGUGUAGUAGGUUCUACCGGUGGUGAAGAAUCUCCGAAAGAAUCAUCUUUGCAACCAGCUGCAAGUACCAAUGAUGUAAACGCAGAAGACGAUCGUCAAGAUUUAAGCUCUAUUGGAGAUAUAACGAUCGAUAGCGUGAAGGAUCAUUUGCUUAACAGUUCACUUUUCAGAAAUGCAACGUCUUCCGAAGAACUUCACAAUCGUCUUGCAGGACUUAAAAUGGAGGUGACUUCACGAACUUCGGAAAUCUCUACUCAAAAUCAAUCGCUAGUUUUAAAGACUACUACCGUUGUUUCGCAAACAACCAACAAUACUACUGCUAAUGGAGAGAUCGAAACAAGUCAAACAAAUGAAACUCAACAAGUGAACAGCACUACAGUAGAAAGAGAGAUUCGCAGCGGUACUGAAACUACAACAACACAUGCUACAAUUACUCUACCUUCGAACGUCGAGGUCAUCAAACGGCACUGACAAUGAAAAUAUUGUGUUAAUUAGUAUCGGAUCUUACUUCAAUGUUAAGCCUAUAUUCCGCGAUCCAAAUGAAAGAUUUAUGAAUUUUUAAUGUUUCUUAAAAAUCGUGCAAUAUACAGAAAUUCUGUACUCAUUCAUAUACAAACUACCUCUCUUUUAUUAAUAUAAAAAAAAGACGACAAUUAGUAAUAUUAUUUUUUUUAAGACUUUUAACUGUUUUUACAAAAUUUGAAUGUGACGAAAUGAUAGGGCAUCUUUACAAGAAAUAAAAAUUUUAUCAAGACAA